GUUUGGCAGUGAGGAUUAGCAUAGUUCCGCUAGCCAGCUAGUUUAGCCAAGGAAAACUCGGGAAGGAUAUAGCUGGGCGCACUAGGCUAAUUCAGGAGACUUGUUUUUGUGCCCUGACAUCAGGAGCCGGAGGCGAAAAGUUUGAUUAAAAGUUUCAGAGACUGAAACGAAUAAAUCAGAUAACACAUAUUUAAGGAGAGAGAAUCGAUAUACAAUCCAGAAAUCGGCUGUAACUGUCACCAGCUAAACAAAGCUUAAAACGAUGUUUGAAUGACCCCGAAUCCAGAAAAUGAAUGGUGACUGAAGUCGCCUAUGGGCACGUCGGUAGACUCCUCCUCCUCACCUCAUUGAAAGAAAAAAAAAUGAGGGAGUGGGAUAUUUCGGUUCCUCUUUCGUCUCUGACACGCAUAUCCAAUCUAUUGCUGACGGCGAAACAGAAAACCAUUCGGUAGCUAUGGAUAACCGUCCACGGGCAUCAUAACGUCAAUUUCUUUUAUGUGUCCCGAAAACAGAUAUUCGGGAUGAUUUGACUCUGACUGGUUCGACAAACAAGGAUACAUUUCCACAAACUGAUAUUUCUUUACCACGUCGGUUUCCAUCAUCUGUAUUGAUGAAGGGGAAUCAGCAGUCAGUGGCCCAUCUUUUUCUUACAAGCUCACGCAUGGGAAAUAAUCAAAUCUAGUCUUUGGAGUCUGAUAUCCUCAUGUAGUGAUUUAUGCCAUUGCAAAAUGUGGAGCUUGCAACAGUGACUUUUCCUAGCAAAGAUUGCAAGCUCAUUUAUAUUAAAGGCAGAAUACUUUACUUAGCUAAUAUCACUGGAGCCUGUCAUUUCCAUGUUAGGAGAGGUUUAGUCAUCAUGCACAGAUGGCCCAACACAUCAUUUUUGAAUUGGGAACCAUUUAGUUGUUUUGCAGCCAGUGUAAGUGUUGAGUCUUAUCAUCACAAAUCCCCAUGGCAAGGCUGUCACUGACAGCCUGUUAGUUGAUGGGAUUAUGAUCAUACAGGAUUUGCUGUUGGAAGGAGGAACACCUGUCUUUCUUUAGCUAGCAAGUGUCCUGAAAUCCAGGCCACUGGGCUCAGCAUGGUUAUUUUGCUUCUUGGUAUACAUUCUUUAUCAAGAUCUGCCUGUGACUCCCCUCUCCUACACACUUGCAUACAGCAUUUUACUGAGUACUAAAUGCAGGAUUACAUAGUUGUUUUGGCCAUGCUUCCUUAAACUGAGAUUAUUACCCUCCGGCUUCAGAAAAGGACCCUAGGACAUCAUUUAAACAUGAUGCAAACGUGACCUAGGAAAGGUCUUUUUUUUGCCAUUGUUGAUAUGCUUAGGCUUUGUCAAAGAGAGCAUCGUAGUGACAUUUGUCUCAUACUGGAGUGCUUUGAGCCAAGCGAAAAAGACUAUCUAAAGAGCUGGUGGUACCUGUAGCCAAGUUCUUCAUUCACCCCUGUUUCUCCGCACCACUGAAGCCAUGUGCUUACUGUUAUGGCUAUGCCCUGGCAGCCAACCAGAUUGAAAGGGGACUCUGCCAGUGCUAAAGAAUUAGACACAGCCCAGGGAGUUGGACUGGACCAAAGGAUUGCACACACACACACAGACACCAUGCUGCGGAGACAGUAGGCUCCCUGUUUGAGCCCUCGCUGUUUAGUGCUUGUUUUUUUUCCCCUCCUCCGCAAAUCUCAGGUUUGGAUGGUUGGGAGCACAAGGGCCACUUUGAAGGAGCCCGACUGUGGUUUGGCCGGAGCUGACAGACUGCUUGCCAGCUACUGCUGAUUUAAGUACCCUAUGUCCCUCACCACACCUACACCCUUACAUCCACCUUCUCUGCCAACUGUUCCGCCCCUGACUGUUCUGGUUAAUGGAGGUCUAAGGGAGUGCAGGCAAGGUUGGGGAACUGUUGCUGACACUGGUCCUGCCGGUCACUUUCAGGCACUUUUUGCACUCCAAGGACUGCACUCCACUCUGUCCUAACUAAGGACCAUUCCCGCUUAUCUUGGAGGUAAAGAACUACAAGUCAAGGUAUUUAUUUAUUUAUUUUUGCCCCUCAAAAGGCUUUUCUACAGGCUAAAGGAUGAAGUUGAAGAAGCAGGUGACUGUGUGUGGAGGAGCCAUAUUCUGUGUGGCAGUAUUCUCCUUAUACCUGAUGUUGGACAGAGUCCAACACGACCCUGCAAGGAGACAGAACGGCGGCGGGAACUUCCCAAGGAGCCAGAUCUCUGUUCUGCAGAACCGCAUAGAACAGCUGGAGCAGCUACUGGAGGAGAACCACCAGAUCAUCAGCCACAUCAAGGACUCUGUCCUGGAGCUGACUGACACCGGCGCUGUGUCCCCCAGCGGACAGCUGCCUUUCCGCAGUGCCAACGGCUCCUGGGUCCUGCCCUUCGACGGACGCCCCACUUUCCUCUCUGUCAAGCCCCAGGACUGCCAGUUUGCCCAGGGCCGCCGUGGACAGACCGACCUGCAGAUGCUGGACGUGUACUCCCUGCUGAAGUUUGACAAUGUGGAUGGGGGUGUGUGGAAGCAGGGCUUUGAGAUCACCUAUGAGCCUGGGGAGUGGGACAGUGAGCCUCUGCAGGUGUUUGUGGUCCCUCACUCCCACAACGACCCAGGCUGGAUAAAGACAUUUGAUAAGUACUACACAGACCAGACGCAGCACAUCUUCAACAACAUGCUGGUGAAGUUGACUGAGGACCCACGCAGGAAGUUCAUCUGGUCCGAGAUCUCCUAUUUCGCCAAGUGGUGGGAGAGCGCUGACAUGCACAAGCAGGAAGCCAUGCGCAAGUUAAUCCUAGGAGGUCAGCUGGAGAUGGUGACUGGAGGCUGGGUGAUGAGUGAUGAGGCCAACGUUCACUACUUUGCCAUGAUCGACCAGCUCAUAGAAGGCCAUCAGUGGCUGGAAAAGAACGUGGGUGUGACCCCCCGGUCAGGCUGGGCUGUGGACCCCUUUGGCCAUAGUGCCACCAUGCCCUACCUGCUGAAGAGGGCCAACCUGACCAGCAUGCUCAUCCAGAGGGUCCAUUACUCCAUAAAGAAGCACUUUGCCUCCAGCCGCAGCCUGGAAUUCAUGUGGAGGCAGGCCUGGGACCAAAAGUCGGGCACGGACAUCUUCUGCCACAUGAUGCCCUUCUACAGUUAUGACGUGCCACACACCUGCGGGCCGGACCCCAAGAUCUGCUGCCAGUUCGACUUUAAGAGGCUGCCAGGAGGCCGGGUCAACUGUCCUUGGAAGGUUCCUCCGCGGGCCGUGGUGGAGGCCAACGUGGCAGAGAGGGCCCACCUGCUCUUGGACCAGUACCGAAAGAAGUCGAAGCUUUUCCGCAGUAAGGUGGUUCUGGUUCCACUGGGAGAUGACUUUCGUUACGACAAGGCCCUGGAGUGGGACCAGCAGUAUCUCAACUACCAGAGACUCUUUGACUACAUGAACUCUCACCCAGAGAUGCACGUGCAGGCCCAGUUUGGGACCCUGACCGAAUACUUCACUGCAGUUUACAAGGCCAACAAUGUGCCCCAGGGUGCUAGACCCCCAGACUACCCGGUGCUGAGCGGGGACUUCUUUGCGUACGCAGACCGCGAGGACCAUUACUGGAGCGGCUACUACACCUCCCGGCCCUUUUACAAGAGCAUGGACCGCGUGCUGGAGUCCCAUCUCCGGGGGGCAGAGAUCCUGUUCAGUCUUGCCGUGGCUCAUGCUCGCCACACAGGCAUGGAGGGCCGCUACCCCACUUCAGACUACACCCUGCUGACGGACGCAAGGCGUACCGUCGCCCUCUUCCAGCAUCACGAUGCCAUCACAGGCACCGCCAAGGAGAACGUGGUCAUUGACUACGGCAACAGGUUACUGCACUCCCUGCAGGGCCUGAAAAGAGUGAUCAUUAACGCAGCCCACUUCCUAGUGAUGAAGAACAAGGAUGUGUAUCGCUUCUACCAGACAGAACCCUUCCUAGAGACGGAUGACAGACGUGCCACCCAAGACUCCCUGCCCCAGCGCACUCUUAUUGAACUGGACCAGUCAGGACCCAGGUACCUGGUGCUAUUCAACCCGGUGGAGCAGGAUAGGCUGUGUGUGGUUACAGUGUUGGUGAACUCUGCCAGGGUCAGGGUGCUCACAGAGGACGGGCAGACCCUCCCUGUGCAGCUCAGUGCCCAGUGGAGCUCUGCUAGCCAGAUGAGCGCAGAGGUCUUCCAGGCCUCCUUCAUGGUGCGUCUGCCUGCCCUGGGCCUGGCUGUGUUCCACCUGUAUGACUCUGCCGACACCCCCAUGACGCUGCGCUCUGAGACCCUGCUGAGGCUGUCUGGUCGGGGGCAGACUGCCCACGCCGUGGAUCCCCUCCCCCUCCGCUCCCAGACGGCAGACCCACAACCCUUCUACACCUCCACCCAGUCCCUCACACUGGGCUUCUCAGGAACCACAGGCCUGCUGGAGAGUAUCCGUCGCAAAGAUGACCCUCAGGAGUUGAAGGUUCAGAUCCAGUUUGUGACAUAUGGUACUCGGUCCUCCAAGGAUAAGAGCGGGGCUUACCUCUUCCUGCCUGACGGAAAGGCUAAGCCCUACAGUCAGAAGGAGCCUCCGGUGGUGCGUGUGGUGGAGGGACCUCUUUUCUCUGAGGUAGUGGCUUUCUACCAGCACUUCCAACAGACCAUCCGCAUACACAAUGUGCCAGGUGUGGAUGGUCUGUCUCUGGAUGUCACCACCAUGGUGGACAUCAGAGAACAGUCUAACAAGGAGCUGGCCAUGCGGCUGGUCACUGACAUCCAGAAUGACGACACCUUCUACACAGACCUCAACGGAUUCCAGAUGCAGCCCCGACGCCGCUUCCUGAAGCUCCCCCUGCAGGCCAACUUCUACCCAAUCGCCAGCCAGGCCUACAUUCAGGACAGCCAGCACCGCCUCACCCUGCACUCUGCCCAGGCCCUGGGUGCCACCAGCCUAGAGAGCGGCCAGUUGGAGGUGAUUCUGGACCGGCGGCUGAUGCAAGAUGAUAACCGCGGCCUGGGCCAGGGACUGAAGGACAACAAGAAGACGGCCAACCGCUUCCGCCUCCUACUGGAGAGUAGGUCCACUGGCAACAAGCAUGCUGGCUUCUUUGCCAAACUCUCCUCCAUGUUUCACUCGCUCAUCACAAUCACUCUGAGAGGCGGUGCUCAAGAGGUGGUGGACAGUGGACCAACCAGCUUCCCCUCCCUGCUCAGUCACUUGACCUCGGCCAUCCUCAACCACGAGGUGAUUGCGCUGCCCGUGCUGCCCAAGAAGCGUGGCAUCCCUCCCCUGCACACCUUCACCCCCUUCACAGGGGCUCUGCCCUGCGACUUCCACGUGAUCAACCUGCGCAGCAUCCAGCACCAGCAGGACAGCCACUCCCCGUCUCCCUACACGGCCCUCAUCCUGCAUAGGAAAGGUCUGGACUGUGGUCUGGAGACCCCCAACCCCGGCUUCAACUGUACCACUACCGAGGGACAGCUGGGUUUGUCGUCUCUGUUCCGUAACCUGGACCUCCAGCUGCUCCAGCCCGUGUCGCUGUCCCUGAUGUACUCCAGCCCCCCUAUGGCCAACGACUCCUCCGUCAGCCUGGAGCCCAUGGAGAUCUCAGCCUUCAGGCUCAAACUGCGCUAGCCAAGCCCAGAUACACACCUCCACACCAGUCCAGGCCCAGACCAGACCCACCCAGACCAGUUUUGGUCCCACCUGGUCCUGCUCUGUUCAGUUUUAUUCUAUAGGAAAACUGCAUCCCAGUGCACAGAGGGGUGGCCACGCUGGUGCUUCCUGGUCCAACCUGUGUAUACACUACGCACCACACACACACUACACACCACACGCACUACACACUCUGAACUGUAAAUUCAGCCCGUAAGAGCAGGUAGCCUUCAUGACUAGACUCUAUCUGCAGGGGGCAGAAGAUGGCUGUCGCUGACACAGACAGACAAUCUCAGAACCAGAAACCUUUUGUGCUUGUGAUAAUACAGGUGCUGUCUUUAUCACAGAACAGAUACUGGCGGUCUUCUGCCUUUGCAUUGCAGUAGUGAUGUCAAGUAACACAAACAUACUUUGUUUUCAGUUUUUAAGAUCACUUCAUUUGAUUAUUUUUUUGUAUCCCAUCCUGGACUAACUACUGAAUGUAAAUAUCACAAGGAUAAGGACCUGGGAAUAACGUGGCGACGAGUGCAAUUUCUAAAGCUUUAUUUGGUGUGGACAGUUUAAAAAAAAUCUCUAUAUAAUCCUGAUGGAACCUACCUGCGGCAGACUAGAGAACUGUUCAUUCCAUUAGGUGCUCAUCACUGCUCAUUGUUUUCUAUUGACUGCAUUAACCGACUGACUGCAGCUGUGUACUCACAGUGUGAAUGUGUGCUCGCUCUCGCUCUCUCUCUCUCUCAGUAGCUAUGGCUCUGUAAGAUGCUGUAUGUCAGGUCACUACAGUCACUCUGUAGUCACUACCAGACUGGUGACUAGAUCACACACACUACAGACAUCCCAAUCCUCACACUGCUUUUUUGUCAGUCAUCAUUAUCGAAUGAACUGGACGGCUUGCUAUCCUUUCAACCCCCCCCCCCCCCCUCUGCUUGUAGAUGGUCUGUGGACAAAGCUGUCAUUUCCUGAUGAGUUGGCUGGCAGUGGAGGACCUGGAAUGGAAUUUAAAUUAUGUUUGUAUUUAAAUUCUCCUAAAGCUGUUCUUGUUGUGUACUCUCCUGUAUGCAGUGGAAGAUACAACUAUGAUGACUAUACCUCGUAUUUAACAUAUGACACAUGGUUAUGUAUAGUAUGUUGCUGUGGAAAACUUCUGUGAAGAUGCAGUAUGUCGGAGGAGUAGUGAGUGUGUAGUGAGACCCAGAGUGCAGUAUCGGGGACAAGGUUUCGGUUCAUACUACUGGACUGCUAAUCGUUAUAUUAGUGAGUCUGUGUAGUGAUGAUGGAGCAUCGGCGUACUUCCUUAUCUCCUUGUUUCAAAGCCAGGCAGGGAGGACUGUGGUUCAACCUUCACUACCUAAUUAUGUGGAGACAUUAACAGGGGUCCUCCAGGGCUGACUUAGACAACCAGUGUACUUUUUGCAUAUGUGCUCUUUUUUAUUUAUUUAUCAGCUUUCAUCAUAAAACAUCUCUAUAGCCUUGACCCUGGUUGGGUGAAGGUACUCUAUGAUCCAUAUGUCUUUGGUGGUGAAGGUAAAUCAUCAGUAAUAGCAGAUGCACUAUGUUGAUAUCGGGCCACUCUCUGCCAUAUCUCACUAUAUGUUUCUCCUCUACCUUCUUCCCUGCCUCUUCUACCAUCCUAGCAUCAGUGGAGGCUGGUGGGAGGAUCUAUUUGGUAUGGCUGAAAUGGAAUGAAUGGUACGGAGUCAAACAUGUCAUUUCCAUGUGUUUCAUACGUCCCUUUUUUAAAUUCCAUUCCAUCCAUAACAAUGUCCUCCUAUAGCUCCUCCCACCAGCCUCCACUGCCUAGUGUCCAAUGCUACUUUUCCUCUGGGCUUUUUAUAUUUCUCCACCUUGCUGUCCUCUGUUAUACCUCCCUCGCUACAUCCCUGAUGUUUUACACUCCUUCCUCAGAACACACUUCCCUACGGUCCAACAUUUCACUCCACAAUGCUCAGGCACUAGCCUGGUCCUAUACAGUAUGUGCUGUAGCCAAUUCCUCUAUUGAUAUGACAACAAAAGAACAGAGUGGUGGUUGAAGUACCAGCACACUGGACCACCAGAUUACCAAUGUACCUGCAUCACUUUUCAGGUUGCAUUUUUCCCUCUGAUUGUAUGUUCUACCAUGACAUGACACUACCACUGUACCUAGUACAGCACUCUCCCCUGUCGUCCCUUUCUCCUCCUCUAUUUCCUACUGUCUGUGUCUGAGUCACUCUGUAGACUUGUCUUUUGUAUGUGAUUUGUUGUAGCACUUUUUUUUUUUGUUUAAGAUGGAAUUUAUGAAGGAAUAAUUUUAUGUUUUCCUCAGUUUUUGUUUCUUCCUGGAUGUGUGUUUCAAAAAAGAUGCAUAGAAAUCAAUUGCAGACAAGGUGGAGACACAAUAAAGAUCAAAUAUGAUACUUGG